GAGGAGAGACUUGAACAUGGCUGAAAGCGGAAGCUGCGUGUUUUGUCGAAUCGCAGCCGAGGACGACCGAGCUGAGGUUGUCUACGAAGACUCGGACUACGUCUGUUUCCGUGACCGGAGCCCCGCGGCCACUCAUCACUACCUCCUUAUUCCCCGGAUACACAUCAGAAACCCAGGAGAGCUAACAGGAGAGCACAUCGCAAUGGUGGAGAAGAUGGGAGAGAUAGCCAGAGAGAUUUUGGCUCAGCAGGGGGCCAGUCCAGAGGACUCUAGGCUGGGGUUCCACUGGCCUCCGUUCCUGCGAGUUCAGCAUCUUCACCUCCACAUCCUCAACCCACCGAGCUCCAUGGGCUGGUUCGCCAGACAUCUGCUCUUCAGAGAAAACUCUUUCGCUUUUAUGACUCAUGCAGCCAUGCUGGAUAGAUUACGGUCCAUGCUCUAA